AUGAGGCCCCAAGAUAAGACCACAUUGGAAAGUGCUAGCAAUGGGUCUAUGAAGAAGUACAAGACCAUUGAUGAGGCAUGGCAAUUGAUCAGCAACUUAGCUGAAUCUACUAUGCACCACAGGAAGAAACAAGACCGUUCAAAAGCCAUUGCAGAAGUAUCCUCUAGCAGAGAGACUGCUGCUCUAGCUCAGAGUAUCUGUGAAAUGACCAACUUGCUGAAGCAGAUGCAAUUGAAUCAACAAGUUCAGCAAGCUCAACCUCCUCCACCCCAGCAAAGCCAACAGUUAGUCCCACAGAGAGUUUGCGGAGUCUGUGCUGAUUAUAGCCAUUAUACCGAUGAAUGCCCGCAGCUCCAACAGGAAGAUAACAUGGUGGCAUCCACUCAUAACUUCUAUGACCGCCCCAACCAAGGGUACAAUCAAGGUGGAAAUCAUAACCAUGGAUGGAAAGACAAUUCUAACCAGAAUUGGAGGGACAAUAAUAACAGAGGAGGUAGAGAUAAUCAAAGAAAUCAGAGGUGGAAUAAUAACAACAACAGACAGCAGAAUCAACCUUACAGAGCACCUCACCUGAGGCAAUUCCAAGGACCACAGAAUACCCAACAGCAGACCUCUCAAUUUACUCAUCCUUCUUCAUCUCCUAAUGAAGAAUUACUACAAUCUUUUGAGCGGAGACAACAGACCAUAGAAAAUAACAUUAUGAAUAACAUUAAUGCCAGUCUGAAUGGUUUGACCUCUACUAUGCAAGCUCUUGUUUCACAGAUUGGAUCAAUGUAA